AUGACAGAGGUUAUUCCGGUCAGGGUUGCUAUUCGUGUUCGACCACUUAAUAAUCGAGAAAAGGCAGAAAAUUCUCAGGAAUGUGUGCAAUGCUUUGUGGAACAAAGUCAGAUAUCGAUAAAUGGUAAAAUAUUCACUUUCGAUAGUGUUUUCGAUCCUGUUACAUCGCAAGAAACGAUAUAUGAUGCGUGUGCUGCUCCGUUGUUGGAGAAAAUUUUUGAUGGAUAUAACUGCACGAUUCUUGCGUAUGGACAAACAGGUAGCGGGAAAACCUACACGAUGGGAACUGAAGAAGCGAUAACCUCAUCAAGCGAAGGACGUGGAAUUAUUUCGCGAUUAGUGGAUGGUAUCUUCAAACAGAUUGGGACAUCAAAUAGGCAUCGAGUGACAGCGUCAAUGCUUGAGAUAUAUGAGGAGAAAGUCAUCGAUUUGCUUUGUAUUAGUCGAGAAUGUUUGCAAAUUCGCGAAUCGAAAGGAGCUGUUUUUGUGCAGGGAUUGUCGGUACACCCAGUGUCCUGUCUUGAUGAUGCCCUGAAACUUCUGCAAAAAGGAUGUCAGCUUCGAAGCAGAGGGGAAACAGCAAUGAACGACAAAUCAUCACGCUCGCAUGCCAUUUUCACAUUGUGUAUCGAAGGGAAUGAAUCAGACGAGAGUACUAUGUUCAAAGCUAAACUUCACCUCGUGGAUUUGGCUGGUUCUGAGCGUUUGAAAAAGACUCAAGCUGAAGGCGAAAGGAUGCGAGAAGGUAUUAAGAUCAAUGAAGGUUUGCUAGCCUUGGGUAAUGUAAUUGCAUCUCUGACCGAUUCGAAUGCCACCGGACGCCACAUUCCGUAUCGUGUUACGAAAAUUACUCGUCUUCUUCAAGAUUCACUUGGAGGCAACAGCUAUACAGUGAUGAUAGCAUGUGUUUCACCAGCUGAUACGAAUGCCGACGAAACCUUAUCAACGCUACGAUAUGCGGAUCGAGCGAAACAUAUCAAGAACAAGCCCACUGUUAACAUCGAUCCGAAUAUGGCCUUGAUCCAAGGUUUGAGGGAUGAGUUGGCGAACGUGAAGCACGAAUUGGCUAUGCUUCGUGCAGGAGAGAAUUCAGUAACAUUGGAUGACAACCAAACAACAAGUGGAAUAACGAAAGAGUGUAAGAAAUGCAUCGAGUUAGAAAAACAAAAUCUAGAGAGGCAGGAAGACUACAAUCAUCGUAAUGUACGGUUUGCGGAAGCAAUGGUGGAAAAUUCGAAAUUAGUAGAGCAAUUGCUGGCCUCACAACAGAUCGUUGAACAGCUGAGAGAUCAUAUUAAGGAAAUUAAAAAAAAAAGUGAAAAUAAGGAAUUCGAUGAAGCGAUGAAGAUCUUAGACAAUGCUAUCAAUCUGCGAGGCCCUAUCGAAGAGGAAAAAGAUAAAGAUGCGUUCGAUAUUGGUGAUGAUGAUGGAGAAGAUGAAACAUCCGAUCAAGCAUUUGUCAAUCAUUUUACUGAGAAGCAAAUAGCACUUAACAAUGACAUGCGAGAUAUUUUGGAAGAAAUUAAACAAAAGGAGCUAGCAUUUGAAGCAACCGUUGCUUCUCAGACAGAAAUUGUCAAGAUGCGUGAUAUCUAUGCUGCUGAAAUGGAACACCUGCAAGCGAAAUUGGUUAUUCUGGAAAAGGAAAAACAAGAGUUGCUGAGCAAACUUAAAGGAUCCAGCAUCCAUCAUAAGUUGAGCGAAGAACGGCGGAAACGACUUCAAGAACUCGAGAAAGAAUUGGCAGCUAGUAAGAGGCGGGUGGGAGAAAUCCAAAAACUGGAAAAAGAAAACAUUCGUUUGCAAGAGCAAUCUAAGAAGUUGAGUACAGAACUUAGCGAACUGAAGAAGUUAAGGGUCAAAAUGUCUAAACAAAUGAAGGAAGGGGAAGUGAAGUUUCGGAAAUGGAAAAUGACAGCUGAUCGAAGUAUGGCGCAGUUGAAGAACCAAGUACGCAAACGCGAAAUGGAAAUAGUACGAGAGCAGCAUGCGAAAAACCUACAAUUGGCUGUGUACAGACGUAAAUACGAGGAAGCAAAUGCUUGCAAUCGACGUCUACAGAUGCAACUUGCUAAAUGCACUACUCGAGCAAAAACAUCAUGUGACGGACAAUUUAUUUCAGCUUUGAACGAUGAACUCGCUGUAGCUUAUUCUGCAGCUGAGGCCGAAAUUCAUUGCCAAGUUUUAAUCGAACAGCGAAAAAUCCUUUCUGCUCAGCAACAAAAAUUACAGAAAACAUUAGAGAAGUUGUUGAGGGAACCAUCGGUCAAGCGUCGUACUGGAUUCGAUCGUGUAGGUAUCGAGAGUGAAGAUGAAAGACAGGUAAUUGAAGUGCAGCUAAAGAAUUUGGACAAAGAAAUUCAGUUACGAGGCAGUGAACUCGGCGAUAUUCAAAAGAAAUGCACAAAAGCUUACUCAGAUGAACAGCGUGAGCAACUGUGGAAUGCUCUACGAAAUCUUACAGAAGCAAGGGCAGGACUGAACCGUCUAUUUGAUGCAACUAUAAACGAGAGGCGUUCUUGUUUGGAAAAAGAUUUAGUAAUCGAAGAACUAAUGCGAGGCGCGGAUGAAGUGAAAAAUUCGUAUGAGAGGAAGUUAGACGCUAUGCGGACAGAACUGAAGAGUGCCAAAGCUAUGGUGGGGAGUUUACGAAGAAACUUAGCAGAAACCGAACUCUGCUACGCUAAGCAGGAACACGAUAUGAUAAACAUUUGGAAUGAAAUGGCAGAAGGGCACUUCGACUUGCCCGAUAAUUUUGUCAGGAAUUUGAGCUUGGUAAAGGAAGCUGCUAACAAUUUCAUUAAUCUCCAACAAACAUUUGAACAAAAGCGAAAUGAUUUAGAGAAAUCACAUGCACGAGUCUACCAUGGUCGAUUACGUCGCAGGACUGGACCAGCGGAUGGUAUCAUGGCUGGUCGUUCUUUAUCAGAGAGUAUUACAGAAGAAAGAGGGGAUGAAGGAGAUUUGUUUAAAAAUUAUCAAAUAAGAGAAAAUCGAAAACCGGUAGAACGUCUUGGAGUUGUUAUGGAUCUGGACUCAAUUUUUUUGGAUGAAAAAGAAGAGAAUGCAUCCACUGCAGACAGUGAUUUUUCGUAUUGUCCUACUCCACAGAGAACAACCCGUAAACGUCAAUCCAGUGUAACUAAUGUACCUGGACGCCGUGACACAUUCGUUUUGAACGAAGCUCCUCUGAAACAAAUUGAUAUAGUGCAGGAAUCGAAAGACGAGCCUGUUGCAGGGUGCAGCAAGGAAUCUGACUUCAAUCCAAAUACAACGUAUAUUGUUGAACAGUGCCCCAAAUUGGAUCAUCGAUCAAUUAUAACUCGUGACCUUUUUAAGAAGCUUUAA